CCCCAGUUCACAGUGAGUCAGAUUUCCGAGUUGUCUGUUCUGGCCACUUUCAUUUCCCCUGGGGCUGGGUGGAGGCUGGUGUAGAAAGGGGAACUGAACCCUCAAUCUUUUAAGACCUGGGGGCAGGGCUGGGGGCUCUCCUAAACUCCCUGUCCUAGCCCAGAGCUGGGCACUGCCCUGAGGAGAGGCCCGCAGAUGGAGACUUCUUAGCAGCGUGGAGGUGGCGCUUAGCAACCACAGCCAAAAAGAUCCCUUUGCCAUGAACCAGCCGGCCCCCAGGCCCCCCCCUCCACCCCGCCGUGUGCGACUCAAGCCCUGGCUGGUGGCCCAGGUGAACAGCUGCCAGUACCCAGGGCUUCAGUGGGUCAAUGGGGAGAGGAAAUUCUUCUACAUCCCCUGGCGCCAUGCCACACGGCACGGCCCCAGCCAGGACGGAGAUAAUACCAUCUUCAAGGCCUGGGCCAAGGAGACAGGAAAGUACACCGAAGGGGUGGACGAGGCAGACCCGGCCAAGUGGAAGGCCAACCUGCGCUGUGCCCUUAACAAGAGCCGUGACUUCCGCCUCAUCUAUGAUGGACCCCGGGACAUGCCACCUCAGCCCUACAAGAUCUACGAGGUCUGCUCUAAUGGCCACGCUCCUGCAGAGUCACAGCCCAGUGAGGAUUACGCUUUUGGUGCAGGAGAGGAGGAGGAGGAGGAGGAGGAAGAGCUCCAGAGGAUGUUACCAAGCCUGAGCCUCACAGAAGCAGUGCAACCUGGCCCCCCCAUGGCACCCUAUUCCUUACCCAAAGAGGAUGUCAAGUGGCCACCCACUCUCCAGCCACCUGUGGUGCUGGGCCCUCCUGCACCAGACCCCACCAGCCUCCUGGGCCCCACCCCUGGCAACCCUGCUGGCUUUGGGGAGCUUCUCCCUGCGGUCCUGCCGAGCCUGCAGCCUGGGUCCCUGGCUGCCAGCCUGCCCCCCACAGGCGAACAACUCCUGCCCGACCUGCUGAUCAGCCCCCACAUGCUGCCUUUGACUGACUUGGAGAUCAAGUUCCAGUACCGGGGGCGGCCACCCCGUGCCCUCACCAUCAGCAACCCACAGGGCUGCCGGCUCUUCUACAGCCAGCUGGAGGCCACCCAAGAGCAGGUAGAGCUCUUUGGCCCCGUGAGCCUGGAGCAAGUGCGCUUCCCCAGCCCUGAGGACAUCCCCAGCGACAAGCAACGCUUCUACACAAACCAGUUGCUGGAUGUCCUGGACCGCGGGCUUAUACUCCAGCUGCAAGGCCAAGAUCUGUAUGCCAUCCGCCUGUGCCAGUGCAAGGUGUUCUGGAGCGGGCCCUGUGCCUCAGCCCACGGCUCACAGCCCAACCCCAUCCAGCGGGAGGUCAAAACCAAGCUCUUCAGCCUGGAGCAUUUUCUCAAUGAGCUCAUCCUGUUCCAGAAGGGCCAGACCAACACCCCGCCACCAUUUGAGAUCUUCUUCUGCUUUGGGGAGGAGUGGCCUGACCUCAAACCCCGAGAGAAGAAGCUCAUCACUGUACAGGUGGUGCCUGUAGCAGCUCGGCUGUUGCUGGAGAUGUUCUCAGGGGAGCUUUCUUGGUCAGCUGAUAGUAUCCGGCUACAGAUCUCAAACCCAGACCUCAAAGACCACAUGGUGGAACAAUUCAAGGAGCUCCAUCACAUCUGGCAGUCCCAGCAGCGGUUGCAGCCUGUGGCCCAGGCCCCUCCUGUGGCAGGUCUUGGUGCUGGCCAGGGGGCCUGGCCCAUGCACCCAGUUGGCAUGCAACAAUGAGACUGUGGAUGGUGACUGGCACGGGCUUCCCAGGUGUCUGUGUGGAUUCAUGUGGAGGUGCAGUGGCCCCAGUUGGCACCUGAUUGGCUCGCAGGUCCUCUCUCUGGGUCUUCUGGAAGUGGAUUUGUGCUAAGGAGAGGGAAGAGAGCUCUGUGUUCCAGGCUCUCCUUGCAGCAUCUGAGGGAAGCUAGAAGCCACUUUUGUUUUCAGGGCUCAGUCUUCCUGGAUGUGCCUCGCCUCUGCUCACUCUGGAGGAACUCAGCCAUCAGCCCCGGUGAGCAGAGAACUCCCCCAACCCUAGGGGCCUAGCUGAGAGGGAUCUGUCCCAGAGUGGCCCACCCUUGUGGUUGCCCCCCAAUUCCUCAGGCAAAGACAGUCAAGUGCUAUGGGCCAUGCUCUCUCAACAGGGCAUGGGCCUGAUCUGAUUUGGGGGUUCCCUAGUUUGAGCCUCACACCCUCAUAUCUGAGACAGAUAUGCACAUAGGUAUUAUACCAGAUGCUUAAGGCUGGCAGCUACCUCCUUGAAAGAACAUGGAAUAGAAGUGGAAUUUUAUGUAUUUUUCAAUUAAUAAAUAUUGAAAAGAUCCAGUUGC